AUGUCAGCCUUUAUAUAUAAUAACAGUAAUAAUAAUAAUUCGAUGCGUCUUUGUGUUAUGGGUGAUGGUGGUGUUGGUAAAACAUCGAUUACAAUCCAAUUUAUUUCAAACCAUUUUGUAAAUUGUUAUGAUCCAACAAUUGAAGAUUUAUAUAGAAAACAAUGCCUAAUUGAUGAUCAAGUUUAUAUGUUAGAUAUACUUGAUACAGCCGGUCAAGAUGAAUUAAAUGCAAUUAGAAACCAUUGGAUAAAAUCAUGUGAAGGUUUCAUAUUAGUUUAUUCGGUUACAUCAAGAUCAUCAUUUGACCAAAUUCAAUCAUUUUUAGAUCAAAUUAAAUUUUUAAAAAGUGAAAAAGUUCCAAUUAUAAUGAUUGCCAAUAAAUCAGAUUUAGAUGAUGAAAGACAAGUAACAUAUCAAGAAGGUGAAAAUUUUGCCAAUCGAUUUGGUAUGUCAUUCAUGGAAGUUUCUGCUAAAUAUAAAUUAAACAUUGAUGAAGUUUUUAAUCAAAUAGCCCAACAUUGUGUGAAAAGAAGAUGUGAUCACAUAUAUAUUAAUAAAUCAAUAAGGAAUAAGAAUUCAAUAUUUAAAAAAUUUAAUCAAAAAUUAAAUAAUACAUUUCAUUCUAUUUGUAAAAUGAUAUAA